AUGGGUCUUGCUGCGCCCAAGAACAAAAUCAAAAUCUCCCACGACCCCAAUAAUACAAGAUGGACGAACGACACUUCGAGUUUCGGGCACAAGAUAAUGACCUCUCAAGGCUGGCAGCCGGGGCAAUACCUAGGAGCUAAAGAUGCGGCACAUGCAGAGUUCCAUACUGCAGCAAAUGCUUCCCAUAUUCGAGUCUCCAUCAAGGACGACAAUCUAGGUCUUGGUGCGAAGAUUGGGUCUGGAGUCGGCCACGGUGAAUGCACUGGGUUGGAUGCAUUCAAAAACCUGCUAGGACGAUUGAAUGGUAAAGAUGAGGACGAAUUGGAGAAGGAACAGAAAUCGAGAGACGACUUAAGAAUUGCGAUUUAUACGGAGAGGAAGUGGGGAUCUACAAGAUUUGUGUCUGGAGGGUUCUUGAUUGGAGACAAGAUUCAGCAUUUGAUUGACGCUGAGGCGGAAAGGAUACGAAAGCUUGCCCUGGGAUCUUCUACUGAGUCGAGUUGUUCGUCAGAAUCCGAAGAGGAAGAAACGCCUGUGGAAACGACCAAGAAAUCGAAGAAGCGAAAAGCUGAAACUCUGGAGGAGCCUGAAGUUGUUGUUGUGAAGAUCAAGAAGUCAAAGAAGGAUCGAAAAGCUGAAGCCGCUUCUGAGGCUAUUAAGGAGACAUCAAAUCCGGACGGGGCAAAGCGUUCAAAGAAGUCUAAAAAGGAUCGCAAGUCUACAGUAGAGACCGACGAGAUUCCAGAUGAAAUUGAAUUGAAGAGGAGGAGAAAGCAAGAGAGAAAAGAGAAGAAAGAGAGAAGAGAGAGGACAAAAUUUGAGGCUGAAGCCACCGAAGAAGAGCCAAAGAAGAAGAAAAAGUCCAAGAAGGACAAGCACAAGGAAGCCGAAGGCUCUUCUGAAUCUACCACGAAAGAAAGCACUCCAGCAACACCCAUGGCAGCUGAUUCCAUUGGUCGUUCAACCCCAAUAAUGAUGCAAGGACGGCAUGCUGUACGGGCACGGAACAUAGCACAGAAGCGGAUGGCAAGUAUGGAUGUAGCGUCGCUAAACCAGAUAUUUAUGAUAAAGUCUCAAUGA